AUGCCUGAAAUUAAGGUAGUUCCACUUGGUGCUGGCCGAGACGUUGGUAGAAGCUGUAUAUUGGUGUCCAUUGGUGGCAGGAAUGUGAUGCUUGACUGUGGUAUGCAUAUGGGUUAUUCCGAUGAGCGACGAUUUCCUGAUUUCUCUUUUAUUAAUGGUGGUGGAUCUUUAACUGAAUUCCUUGAUUGUGUUAUCAUAACUCACUUUCAUUUGGAUCAUUGUGGUUCACUUCCUCAUAUGAGCGAAGUUGUUGGCUAUGAUGGGCCAAUUUAUAUGACGUAUCCAACCAAAGCCAUUGCACCUGUCUUAUUGGAGGAUUAUCGCAAAGUUCAGACUGAAUUCAAAGGAGAUAAGAAUUUUUUCACUUCGCAAAUGAUCAAAAACUGCAUGAAAAAGGUAAUCGCAAUAAAUAUACAUGAAAAAAUCGAUGUAGAUAAUGAAUUGUCGAUAAGAGCUUUUUAUGCGGGUCACGUGCUUGGUGCUGCAAUGUUUCAAAUUAUGGUCGGUUCUGAAAGCGUUUUGUAUACAGGCGAUUUCAAUACAACACCUGAUCGACAUCUGGGCGCUGCGCGUGUUGAACCUGGCCUCAAACCUGAUUUACUAAUAUCAGAAAGUACUUAUGCGACAACUAUAAGAGAUUCAAAGCGUGCUCGCGAACGAGAUUUUUUGAAAAAAGUUCAUGACACUGUAUCGAAUGGUGGAAAGGUGUUGAUUCCGGUUUUCGCUCUUGGACGUGCUCAAGAAUUAUGUAUUUUACUGGAAUCAUACUGGGAGCGGAUGAAUUUAAAGUAUCCAAUAUUUUUCUCACAGGGAUUAGCAGAGAAAGCCAAUCAAUAUUAUCGAUUAUUCAUCAGCUGGACAAAUGAAAAGAUCAAGAGGACAUUCGUUGAGCGAAACAUGUUUGAUUUCAAGCACAUUAGGCCUUUCGAGCAAUCUUAUAUUGAAAGUCCUGGUCCGAUGGUGCUUUUCAGCACGCCAGGUAUGUUGCAUGGUGGACAGUCUUUAAGAGUUUUCACAAAAUGGUGUUCGGACGAGAAAAAUUUAAUCAUCAUGCCUGGUUUUUGUGUUGCUAAUACGGUUGGAGCAAAAGUGAUUUCAGGAAUGAAAAAAAUUGAGAUUGCCGGAAGAGUGAGAGAAAUUAAUUUGGGAGUCGAAUAUAUGUCAUUCAGUGCCCAUGCUGAUGCGAAAGGCAUAAUGCAGCUUAUACGUGAUUGUCAACCAAGAAAUGUUAUGUUUGUGCAUGGUGAAGAUGCAAAAAUGGAGUUCUUGAAGGAAAAAGUGGAGAAAGAAUUUAAUUUAAAGGUAUUCAAACCAGCUAACGGUGAAACAGUUACUAUUGAAACUUCCUUAAAUGUAUCUUUAAAUAUUCCUGUGCAAAUAUUAGAUCGCUGCAUUAGUUUGGAUCCUACACCGAGCAAGCGUUUUUGUCCUUUCCGUGCUUUCUUGACUAUGGACAAACAGACUAAUCAACUGGAAGUUAUAACACCAGAAGCAGCAGCGCGACAGUUAGGCACAUCCUUGCAUACUAUUGCCUUUAGUGAAACUAUAGAAGUUGGUCAUGUAAAUUGGAAAUUUCUUGCUUCUAAAUUAAAACUAUACGACUCUAAUUUGCAAGUCAAGGAGGAUGGUAUAGAAAUGUUUGACGGAGAAAUCACGUUAACAUCAGUAGCGGAUUAUCCAAAACAUGUGGAAAUAACUUGGGAUGAAAUUCGUGAGGAAUGGUCUGAAGAAAUUAUCAAUGCACUCAGGGAAGAAGUGCUUUCUUUGUAG